AUGAAGGAUGGGGAGGAUACCUCUGCUGUGAUCAUUGACAACGGCUCCGGUAUCUGUAAGGCAGGGAUAGCCGGGGACAAUGCACCGAGAUCGGUGAUUACAUCCAUUGUAGGACGCCCCAAAGCCAAAGCUACAAUGCUAGGCGCUGGCCACAAGGAGUAUUACGUCGGGGAAGAAGCACAAGCCAAGAGGGGCGUCUUGAGUUUGAAAUAUCCAAUUAAACAUGGCAUAGUGGUCUCCUGGGACGAUAUGGAAAAGAUCUGGAGGCAUGUCUACGAUUGUGAACUGCGCGUAAAAUCGCACGAAAGGCCGGUGCUGUUGACAGAAGCCCCCUUGAACCCUUUACACAACCGAGAGAUCAUGACCGAGAUGAUGUUUGAAUGCUUCAAGGUCCCUGCAAUGUACGUGGCGGUGCAAGCUGUCCUUGCUCUGUACGCUUCAGGGAGGACAACCGGCUUAGUGAUGGACAGCGGGGAUGGGGUGACCCACACCGUGCCCAUCUAUGAAGGUUACUGCCUCCCCCACGCCGUCAACAGGUUCGACCUGGCCGGCAGAGACAUCACCCAGUACUUUGUCAGGAUUUUGAUGGAAGUUGGCCAUACAUUCAUCUCCUCGGCAGAGAGGGAAAUUGUGAAGGACAUUAAGGAGAAACUGUGCUAUGUAGCCGUCGAUCCACAGCUGGAGAUCAGGAAGAAACGAGAAGACAUUCAGAAGGAAUAUAAGCUGCCGGAUGGAAAUGUCAUUCAGAUCCAAAGCCAGCUUUUCAGAGCCCCGGAGAUCCUUUUCUGUCCAGCCAGCGUGGGUUUCGAGUGCCCUGGUGUUCACAGGCUAGUCUACAAGAGUAUCUUGAAAUGCGACAUCGACCUGAGAAAGUAUCUCCAUUCAAACGUGCUGCUUUCAGGUGGCUCCACGCUUUUCCCAGGUCUGGACGAAAGGCUUUUGAAGGAACUGCAGUUCCUGGUUCCCACUGGAGUGCCGGUCAAAGUCAUCGCCCCACCAGAGAGGAAAUACUCCGUCUGGAUUGGGGCUUCCAUUCUAACCUGCUUGACGUCUUUUCAAGAAAUGUGGAUUACUGCUUGCGAAUACUUGGAGAUGGGGUCGUGUGUGGUUCACAGAAAAUGUUUUUAG